UGCAAGGCCCAUCCAUGGCGGUCGUCUAUCUCUCUCUCCCCCCUAAAAAACUAAAACUAGCGUGUGUAAUGUCUCAUUGAAAUUCUGAGCGCCCGUUUGGUUUCAAAAUUUCAUCAUUUUAGGGUUCUGUUUCUGCCGAGAACGAGGAAAGUAGGCGGCUCUUAGUCACUUUCCAAUUCCAAGGAAUUUUGGGUUCUGAAUCGAUUGAGGACAAUUACUAAACACAACGGCUUUGAAAUCAGGACAACUUGCCACGUGGAACAUUCAUAUACGUGAACUUUCCCUCCGACAAGGGCGGUGAAACCCCAAAUGAUCCGAGUUCAAAUUAUGAAACCCGCAUUUCUGGUCUGUUCCUUCCAAUUUCAGUUUCUCCUAUAAAAAAAAAUCGUUCGAACUUGAUUAGCGCACCCAAAGAAAAACACGGAAAAGAAAGGGAAUCUCUGCAUGGUACAUGUUGUAAGUUUGGAACUUUUUCGAUUUCGAAUCUGUAAAACUUGACCAAAGUAAUACAACGUUCGAAGUGAUCUGUUUCUCCUCAAGUAUGGGGAAAAAGAAGAAAGACAUUAUCAGAUUGGAGAGAGAAUCGGUGAUCCCAAUUCUCAAGCACAAACUCAUCACUGCCUUGUCCCUCUUCUUUGAAGACAGAUCGGAGAGAGAUGAGUUCUUGAAGUUUUGCCAGAGAGUCGAAUACACCAUUAGAGCUUGGUAUCACCUCCACUUCGAGGACCUUUUGCAACUGUAUGCACUCUUUGAGCCAAUCCAUGGUGCUCAUAGACUGGAACAGCAGAAGCUAACUCAUGACAAAAUCGAUGCUCUUGAACAGAAGUUUGUUCUUCACUUGUUUGAGGUCAUGGAUAAGAGCAAUUUCAAAGUAAUAACUGAUGAAGAAUUGGAAGUAGCACUUUCUGCACAGUAUCGUCUCAACCUUCCAAUUGUAGUCGAUGAAACUAGGCUUGAUAAAAAGCUUUUGACAAGUUUCUUCACUGAGUAUCCCCGUGAUAAUCUUCCUCAUUUCGCUGAUAAGUACAUAAUUUUCAGACGUGGGUUUGGAAUCGAUCAUAUGACAGCUUAUUUCUUCGAAGCCAAAGUAAAUACGAUCGUUUUUCGCAUAUGGAACUUUUUUCUGACCAUCACUGGUUUAACAAGACUUGUCUAUGGGAAGAAGCAAGACCAACCAUCACAACACAUUGAUAUUAAAAUUGAUUCAGAUAAGGAUAGUUUAUACAUCGAAAGAAUCCGCAUAGAAAAGCUGAAGCUCAGUAUCUCUAACUUACUGAAAAAGAUCACUAUCCAAGAGCCUACCUUCGAGAGAAUCAUUGUUGUCUACAGAAGAGUUGCAGGUAAGAGGGAAUCAGAACGGAAUGUAUAUGUGAAACACUUCAAGAGCAUUCCAAUGGCUGAUAUGGAAAUCGUUCUCCCAGAGAAGAAGAAUCCAGGUUUGACUCCACUCGACUGGGUCAAGUUUCUUGUCUCUGCCGCCAUUGGUCUGACUACUGUCAUAAGUUCAGUAAGCCUUAAAAAUGCUGACAUCAGAGUGAUUGUUGCAAUACUGAGCACAUUGAUCGGCUACUGCGUCAAAACAUAUUUCACGUUCCAGAGAAACUUAGUUGAUUACCAAAGCCUAAUCACACGAUCCGUCUACGAUAAACAACUAGACAGUGGAAGAGGCUCGCUUCUUCAUUUGUGCGACGAGGUCAUUCAGCAAGAAGUUAAAGAGGUUAUUAUUUCAUUCUUCAUGCUGAUGAGGCAAGAACGUGCCACAAGCAAGGAGGAGCUUGAUGAGCAAAGUGAAGCGUUUAUGAAACAAGAAUUCAACGAAAACUGUAAUUUCGACGUUGAUGAUGCUGUGAAAAAGCUUGAGAAGCUUGGUCUCGUGUCUCGUGAUGCAGAAGAAAAUUAUAGAUGCGUGGAUUUGAAGAAAGCAAAUGAGUUAAUUGGCACAACCACGGAAGAAUUGGUUCUUAAGGCGAGAGGUGGGGAGUCUAACAACGGCACAAACAUGGAAAAUCAAAACUACGAACACCAAAAGCAACACCUUCACGAAAAAGAAGACAUCAUCCAAUCUAAUUUAGAUGAAUUCGAGGCAUUUAUAUUAUAAUUGCAUUUUUAACUUUGAUAAAAAAAAUGUGUGUUGGACUAAAAGGAUUUGCAGACAAAUUGAUGGAUCUUUUGUGGUAAUUCUCGCGCACUUUAUGGAUUAU